AUGGCGAUCCUGAGGCUAACGAUAGGUAACAUCAAAAUAUUUGUGAUUCAAGUUCAUGCUCCAACUUCAGACAGCGCAGAAGAGGAAGUCGAUCUGUUCUACGACAUGUUGGAUAAUCUAUUGAGCUCAAAAACAACAGGAGAGAAAGUAAUUAUAUUUGGAGACUUUAAUGCAAGAAUAGGAAAAAGCAAGCUUGGAGAGAACAGAACAAACGGAAUCUACGGAGUUGGAGUUAGAAAUGAGAGGGGAGAAAAACUGUUAGAUUUCGCACUCUGCAAUAAUCUAAAGAUAAUGAACACGUUCUUUGAAGGAAAUGGAAUGGAUCAUCAGACAGAAAGAAGGAACACUAGAGAAGAGGAGCCAGAACUUCGAGUGCCAGAUAUAUUGGAGCAGGAAAUAAAACAAGCCAUCAAGCAACUGAAAAAGAACAAGGCGCCUGGGGAUGAUGACAUUACAAACGAAGUGAUAAUCUCCGGGUUGGAUGUGUUAAUGAGCACUAUAAAAUUACUUUUCAGUAAAAUACUGAAAGAGAAACGAGUGCCCUCAGCCUGA